ACACUCGGUGGACUCGGUCGCGUCGUAUUCUAGCCAGAAUCACGUUGACCGUAUAAGAACACAGAAUUUCUCAGCGGCUUCUUGUCAAGACGAAGGCGACUUCGGGUCGAUCAAGACAAGCCUCUUCAGACGGUCUUCAUCCAAUUUGGAGUAUCCACACAAGCGGCCGGAAAGCGUGACGUCUAAUGCCAGCUCCACAAGAAGCCGCCUUCGAGAACUAGUCGAAAGGAAAUCGAGUCAGGACGAGCACAAGUCCGCGGCAAACACCGUCGGUGACAUACAGUACUUUGAGAAUCCCACAGAAACGCUAGAGUUCGACAAACCGCGCAAUUCGCUUGAAUCCAAGAAAAGUCAAGAGGAGCGUCCCAAAAAGAGGAAACAUUCAAAAGUAAAGGAGAAGGACAAAGAUAUAUGCGAGAACAAAAAUAAGAAGCACGAAAAAUAUCAAAGUAAACUCGCAGAGUAUUAUAAGCUCCCUGUACAGUUACCUCAAGACGAAUUCUAUCAACACCUAACGCGAUCCAAAGCAGCAGAAGAAUUGUUACAAAAACGAUUCUCGAAUUCUGAUACCGAAUUCAGUGGUAGUUACGGUAGAUUAUGUAAACAUAAAGAACCAGAACCAUCAAACCUAAGGCGCAGUCGAAGUUUAGCAGUUAUAAGAGAAGAGACCUUCACCGAUCUACAAAUACAAAACCACGCUAAAAGCAAAAGAUCACAGCUUAUACCCCGUGCCCGCUUAUUCGACAAACCUUGCUUCAAAGACAGGUUUCCUGGACGAGCAAAAUAUCAAACAAAGGAAGAAGUAUUGGAGAGUAUUUAUAUUGAUAGCACUGCCUCUUGUUUCGGUGAUAUAAACGCUCAAAGAGAAAGCGAUAUUCAAAUCGCUACACCAGACAAUAAGUCUGAAAAGGAAGACGCAUUAUCCCGAAACGAGAGUCAUCAUUCUAGAUCUGUAAGUGGCAGUUGGCCAAAUUUAAACGAAGAAUCUAAGCAGACGAACCUUUCCGAAGACAGCAUCGGACACUCGCGUAACCCCAGCGAAAUAGAUAGUUUAGAUUCUAAUUACGUAAGAAAACACUAUAACUUUGAAGCACAUCGAAAGAAUUACAAGGACAGUUCUCCCGAAACUGAAAGAUCAGCAGUGUCUCCAAAUCAUAGUAAAGAACUCUACGUAACAACUGACGACCACGACACUGAUAACGAAGAUAGGGGCAGGUCCAAAAAUAAUACACCAAAAUCGUUUACCAACGAUAGUUUGUCAAUCACUCACAGUGAUAAAGAUAAGGGAGAGCUAAUACCGCCGGUAAAUAUUAAUGAAACACAUUCUUGUGAUGAAAUUCCUAUAACCAAUAAUCAGGAAGAAACACAAGAUAAUAAAGAUCCGGAUACAAUAAGUAAGAAGAGCGAACCAAAACCAGAUGAAGAUGCACAGUCUAUAGUUUCAGAAAGUGACGGUACUAUUUCAAGUCCUCACGACAGUAUAACGUCUUAUAUUUCAAUUUCAAUUGCUUCGUCAGACAAGUCACACAAAUUGGAAUAUUUGGCUAAUUCCUUAGCUGAAAAAAUUGAUGAGUAUUGUGACUCGCAAUUCAAAGAAAAUAUUUCCGUGACAUCGAGGACUAUUAAUUCGGAAAAUAAUCCAGAAUCUGAUCCCAUCUAUACAAAAGUCAAUAAAAAGAAAACCUUCGCUGAUAUCAAACGGGAUUCCUUUUCGAGUAAAAGUGUGAAUUUGUUUAACGAAAUUCACAAAAAUCAAAACAACGAAGUCUAUAUAAGCAACACUUACAUUGAAAGUGACACAUUUUCCACAAAAAGCAAUUGCACGUCUACUAAAAAUAUCACAACUGAACCAUUUGUGACCACAUUAAUUGAAAAUCAGUAUUACUCUUUACCAGAUAUAAAUAUAAGUAAAUGCUUAAGAAAAUCAGAACGAAUAGACGCACAAUUACGCGAGGAAGACCCCGAAGAUAUUCCUUGUGAAAAUACGUACGAAAUUGCACAAACACACUUCAGAGAAAUUUUAUCUUCAAAAGGUAACGGCAAUUACGGUCAGCUCAAUAAAUCGAAUAUUAACCAUAACAAUAAUACACUCAAAACAAAUAACCCAAUCUACUUACCAGAAUAUUCAGAACCACAUUUAAUACAAAAUUUCACUAAACUUGAAGACGACUUGAAAUCCAUUAUAACUAUAGAAAGUUCGAACGCAGACGAUAAAGAAAUUUUCUACAGUUCUGAUACACACCAGAACGAAAGAGAAAUAAAUGAAAUAGAAGGAACUAUAAGGAACAACAAAGUUAUAACUAAAUCUGAAAGUCUUAAGAUUAAUUCUGUAUAUAGACCUGAGAUCAACAUUAUUAAGUCUUUGUCAAACGACAAUAUCUGCAAAACUGUACAAGAGAAGAAAUCUCGGGUCGGAAUAAAGAAACACUACUCUUUGAGACAGCGAGAUCCCGUCGACGAAGACAUAAAUCGCAUACCUAGCCCAAAUACUGUAGAAAGGUCUCUUUAUAAAUCAACUGAUUCUCCUUUGGUCAAAUCCUCUCAAAUCGAAGAAAUAAAAGCUCAAUCACUCCUAUCUAGAGUACAAUCAUUCAAAACAUCAGCGGAAUCCAAUAUUGCUAUAGUACCAUUGAGUGGUCACCAAACUAUUGUUAUUGAUCCACCACUCAAUCAGAAACCAAGUGACAUUAAUCUACCUACUGUGUCACAACAAAAGGAAGUUAUAUCAAACAAAGAUAAUAAAGACACAGAAGUCAAAGUUGAGCCAAUAAAGCCAAUAAAAAAAGAACAAGAGACACAAUCUGAAAAGAAUAAAGAAAUCAAGAAACCUACAACUGAAAACAGUUCUAUCGAUACUUCUAGUUUCCAUACACCAAAAGAUCCUUUUAUAACUAUUAAGCUUAAUAAAGUAGUUAAAACCACUAUACCUAAGCUCAAAAAAGAAACCAGUGAAAAGAUUUCUUACGUUCAACAUAGAUUUGAGAAACCACCUCCUAAAUUGAUCAUCAAAGAUAAGAACUGUAACGAUACGCAAGUAUAUUCUUUCAAAAAAGUAAAUACUACAAUGACCAGGCCCCAAGUUUUACAAGUUAUUGAUUCAAGAAGUAAACAAAACACAGCAAAUAAAAUGGAGAAGAAUACAGUUUACACUCCAAUAAAUACAGCAGAAGUAGCUAAAACAGAAGAGAAGAUAAACGUUAAAGUCGAUAGUGUUCCAGAAGUAAAAGAAGAAUUAAAAACUGAAAGUAGCGUCAAAGAGAAACUACACAACGCAAUAAAAACCGACAUAGAAUAUCAAGAAAAACUUAACUCUGUGAAAAAUUACUGGUCUCGGUUAAUAGAUAAAGGGCCUGAUGUAAAAGAACAGAAGUCAGAAAACGACUAUAAACAUGAAGAAUUAUUUAACAACAAUAAUCAACAACAGAUCAAUGAUAUGGCUGAUGAGCUAAAAGAACAAAAUGUUAAUGAUAAUGAAGAAGAGAAGUCUUCUCCAGAAAUAUCGGUCGGUAAUAUCAUAAAAUCACUAGAAAGUGUAAAAAUUGUAGAUAGCAUACGUAAAAUAAGUCAAACUAAGCUACAUUUAUGGAAGGAUGAAACAGAAAAGGUAAAAAGUGAUUCCGAGAUUGAAGAGACGCCGUUAGAGAAAAUCGUAAAAGACACUGAGACACAGGUAUACGAAAAACCAAAACCAAAGAAACCAGAAACGGAAUUUAGCAGAGACACGCCAGAAAUAGAAAUUGUAGAAUUAACAAGUGAAGACAAUCAAAACAUGAAAACUCAAGCAACUCUUAUAAAAGCUAAAGGUUUUGAAAAAGGAUGUGAUGAGUUUGACCACGUGCGCUACAAAGUAAUGAAGUCAGAGUUGUUCAAAAACAGUAUGAUUGCUAACUACAGAAAAGAAGCUCAAUUCGAUGGCUUGUUACAAUAUCUGCAAGAUUAUAGUUUUCAAGAAUUAUUAGUUAACAACAAUAUUGUUAUUAUUGAACCCGUCAGAACCAAAGUCGAACCAGUUCCAAGAAAAAAUACCGAUACUUGUAAAAUUCCACCUACCUUAUUGAAAAAGAAUGAGAAUCCCUGCAGUCAAGUAGACAAAUCUAAAAAUGCUAUUCGUAGACACUUUUUCUACCAUCCUAUUCGGGUGAAUAAGGAAAUUAUAGAAGAAGAAUUACCAAACCCAGAUACAGUAAAGAAAGUGAGAAACUUGUUUGAAGAUACAUUAAAAAUGAAGAGUCCAAUGACUCAAGAUCCUCCUCUAAUCGAUGAGAAUAUGGGCUUGACAAGACGUGCGACGUCAUACAGAAACUUAAGUGAAGAAACAAAAGGCAGCAGAAUGGGCGGAAGGAAAAAAGUUAUCCGUCAACUUACUAUUGAUACAAAUUUCGGAAACAAAAAGUGGGACAAUGCUAGUCUUUCUAGUGGAGUGUCUAGUGGAGAUCUCAGUUCUAACAACGAAUUCGAAAAUGAAGCCUUAAGCCCCUACUCACACAAGAAUUUAAAAGAUAAUUCAUACAGUUCCAGUGACGAAUAUCUUUGUGACUCUAUGAGUCAAGAUUUUUGCUGUGAGAGCCAAUAUGUUAGUCCUGACAUACUUAAGAAAAUCAGGGAAUGUGGCACAUCCGUAACAUACUACGGUGGAAAAGUUUUAAAUUCUAAAACUGGAUCUACUGUCAGCCCUAUGACUAAAGCAAUUAUGGAAGAAAUCAAAAGUUUACAAAAAAACUGCAGUAGAGAUUGCUACUCUUGUCAAACGAAGUGUAGAGGAAAUAGGUGUUCAUGUCUUGUGGCCGACAAACAUAAACAAAUGGUUUCUGAAAAGCAAAAAGUAAGUAGCACAACUGAACCGAUAAAUCAAGCUCAAAAUAAAUUCACCCGAGCUGAAGGAUUCCCUGGAUUUAAAUUUAAACUAGUGAAAUCCAACAGUUGUAGCAGUCGCCUAGAAUUAACAGGUACUGAUGAUAGCAAAAAUCCCAGGGUCAAGUACAGGAAAUUCCAAACCGAUGACCCGCCGUUAGUUUACGACGAUGAAAAUUCUGUGAAAAAUAAAAUUUGCCGAUUGGAGAGCUACAACAAAGGUAUAGUUAAAACUCCGUUUGAUAACAACAAGAGUGAUGAUAAAAAAGAAAACCAAAAAUCAAAACAUAAUAUUAAAAGAAUCGAAUCCGAACUAAGAAGAAGCGAGUCAACCUCGCAAACAAAUAUCGCGGUUCCAACGAUUAAGGAAGAUGAUAGUAAGGAAAAUUCAGAGACUGCAGAGGGCCGGAAGAACUUAACGCAAGCAGAAAAAGAAAAACAAGCUCUUGAGGCGCACAGUUUUGAAAAGAAGUUUUAUUAUGUGAACGACAACGUGGAUCAGACCAAAACCACGACCGGCAAGUUUGGUGAGAUGGUAUUCGAAGAGUUUGAAGUUCUUGAGUCGUGUUUCGAUAGUUUAAAUAGUAAUAAGUCCUUGAAGUAAUUAGAAUGUAAUUUAAGCUUCGCUUACAUACGUAAAUUGUGAUCUGUAUUCAAAUGAUAAAAUAACGCUAUUAAAUUAUUGCUAGUAGGUAUAGUAAUAAACUUCUUUUAUAAAUAUUUAGCUUUAUCAUGUAUCUAGUAUAGUUUAGGUGCAUAACUUUUACCGUAGAAAAUUGUAAACAUUCCGAAUCGAAAAUUACUGUAGUCUUGGUGAUGGUCUUUUAUUCUUUGUAUUAAAUAUCCAAUAUUACAGUUA